UUCUGCUCGCAGGUUGCAAUCAUACAUACAUACCUUGUACGUACAUACACGAGUGCUUUUCCACAGAGCCUCCUGAUCAAAGCUCAUCGCUCACCCGGUUUGGAUUUAAACUUCCAAUGCCCCAUCUUUCCCACAAUUGCAGCUCCAUUCUCCACCUUUUCCAACUCUUCUCCGUUGAGGUUGUCCCAACGUAGCUUGUCAUAUCUACCCUAUAUACUGAUCCACCAUCUUGCUACACUGUGUCUUCACUGGCAGCCAGUCGUCAUGGGCGUUAAGAAGAAUGUUUUGAGGUCAGGCAACGGCCAAAUUUAUCCCAAGAAGCAUGACGAGAUUGCAAUGGAGUACACAGGAUGGCUGUACAACGACAAUGCAAUCGACAACAAAGGUCACAGAUUCGACUCGUCGGUCGGCAGAGGGGAUCUCAUCACCGAAAUUGGCGUUGGCCGUGUCAUUAAAGGCUGGGACGAAGGCAUUCUAGGCUCUACCGAGUCAUCGCCCAUGUCGCUUGGCGAGAAAGCAACUUUGACCAUCUCAGCUGACUACGGUUACGGUGCCAAUGGCUUCUUGGGUCACAUCCCACCAAACUCCACGUUGGUCUUUGAUAUCGAGCUUAAGGCAAUCAACGGCAGGAGAGCGUGCUGA